GGGGGAAGAACACGAAUGUGUUGGGAACAUUCAUCGGGAACAAACGAUGACCGCUACGCAGAGUCAGUGGAUGUCUACGGAUUUUAUGCUGCGUACUGUGUUUUGCGUGCUCUUCCUUUCUUAUAAUAUCAAAACUAAUAUUGCCGUCGUGAAGGAUUGUAAGGUUUAACAGUGGAGGACGGUCCUGAAGAGGCGACAAGUUCACACCCAGAGUGAAGCCUCCUGUUGGUCUCAGCCCAUCUGCUGGAGCUCUCACACCAAGGCUGCUUCAGAGGCCAGACCAUAUUUGUUCUGCAGGACGCUGACUGACACUUUUUCAAGACACACUUGUUGAUUUUUGUUUAUUGACAAGAAUCUGUCCUUGAUGACAGCAUUUGCACCUAUCUCUUCUCUUCACUAUUUUAGCCAUACAAAUGGAUUUCUCUCCUUAGUUACUUAACCACACAACCAGCCACUAUGAUUCACCCAAGUAUAUGUAGUAGUCCUACUUAAGUGUAGUUCGUUUGCGUUGGCUGAUACAUAAACACUCCUGCUUUAUCACACACUAGUAUGAGUUAUGACAACUCUAAAACAGGGGCCAGCAGAAGCACUCGGAGCAGAGUGGCAAGGGCCGAGGAGAAGGACUCUGAGCAGGAAGUUCGUCCUGACAGGUUAGAUGUCUCCAAAAACAGUCAGUCUGGUACUAGCAGCACACAGCAGCAGAGGAAUGGCUCUGAGGGCUGCUCCUCUUCUCCCAGUGGAGCCUCUGGUUCUGGGGGCUCGUCCAGAGACCAGAGGGGUCCCAACUCUGAUGACAUGGACGGACUGUCCAGCGGGAAUGAUUCUGGGGAGAGGGAGAGUGACUCUCGAGGGCGCCAGUCCACUCGCAGCUCACACAGCUCCAAUGGGAAAGACUCCGGUAUGAUGCUGGAGACCACAGAGAGCCACAAGAGCUCCAACUCACAGAGCCUGUCCCCUCCCAGUGGCUCCCUGGCCUACAGCAUGUUGUCCAACAGCUCGGAGCACGAUCCACCAUCCACCUCUGGCUGCAGCAGUGACCAGUCAGCCCGUCUGCAGACUCAGAAGGAGCUCAUGAAGGCCAUCAAGGAGCUCAAGCUCCGCCUCCCAGCAGAACGUAAGGCCAAGGGCCACUCCAGCACUCUCAAUGCUCUGAAGUAUGCACUUCAGUGUGUCAGACAAGUGCGAGCUAACAAAGAGUAUUACCACCAGUGGAGUGUCGAGGAGUGCCAGGGCUGCAGUCUGGACCUGUCAACUUUCACCAUCGAGGAGCUGGACAACAUCACCUCAGAGUACACCCUCAAAAACACUGACACCUUCUCCAUGGCAGUAUCGUUCUUGUCGGGGAAGGUGGUGUACGUGUCCCCUCAGGGCUCAUCACUGCUUCGCUGUAAACCAGAGUGUCUCCAGGGGACAGUUUUCUCUGAGCUAUUGGCACCACAGGACAUCAGUACUUUCUACAGCAGCACAGCCCCCUGCCGCCUGCCUACUUGGGCUUCAUGCAUUGGUUCUGCAUCUCCACCUGUUGACUGCACACAAGAGAAAUCUAUGUUCUGUCGCAUCAACGCAAAUCGAACACAAGGGGGCGAGAUGCGCUAUUACCCCUUCCGCCUCACGCCGUACCAGCUCACCCUGAGGGACUCGGAUGCGGCAGAGCCACAGCCCUGCUGCUUGCUCAUCGCAGAAAGGGUCCACUCUGGAUACGAAGCACCCCGGAUCCCUCCAGACAAGAGGAUCUUCACCACCAGCCACACUCCCAGCUGCCUCUUUCAGGAAGUCGAUGAGAGAGCUGUACCACUGCUUGGACACCUGCCUCAGGACUUGGUGGGGACUCCCAUUCUCCUUUCUAUUCAUCCUGAGGACCGGCCCAUGAUGGUGGCUAUACAUGAGAAAAUCUUUCAGUUUGCAGGGCAGCCAGUUGACUAUUCUCCUCUGAGGAUGUGUGCCCGUAGUGGGGAGUACCUAACCCUGGAUACCAGCUGGUCUUCCUUCGUCAACCCCUGGAGUCGGAAAGUGGCCUUCAUCGUUGGCCGCCAUAAAGUCAGAACGAGCCCCCUGAAUGAGGACGUAUUCACCAUGCCCCCGGGUGGAGAGACUCGCGUCACCCCAGACAUGGUGCAGCUGAGUGAGCAGAUCCACAGACUCUUGGUGCAGCCUGUCCACAGCGGCAGCUCACAGGGCUACAGCUCCCUGGGCUCCAGUGGCUCCCGGGGGUCUCACCGUUCCCACCAGCAGCAUCUCAGCGCCUCCGCCACUUCAUCCAGUGACAGUAAUGGACCCGCCCUGGACGAGGCCAGGGCUGUAGCACUGCACAAACCAAUGACUUUCCAGCAGAUCUGCAAAGAUGUUCAUACAGUCAAAACCAAUGGACAACAAGUUUUUAUUGAGUCACGCAACAGGCCGCCACCAAGAAAAAACACCAGCAUAGGAGUGGCUAGUAACCUCCGAGCGAUCAGCAGUGACCCGGUAAGAGGACUGAUCACCGACAUGGCCAAACCUCCCAAAGCCCUGGCUCCUGCUCCUCUGGUGCAGAAAGAAGCCACCACAGGCUACUCGUAUCAGCAGAUCAACUGUUUGGACAGCAUCAUCAGGUACUUGGAGAGCUGUAACAUUCCCAACACAGUAAAAAGAAAGUGUGGUUCUUCCUCUUGCACGGCAUCCUCAACUUCUGAUGACGACAAACAGCAAGAAGCCAGUGGCACCAAUAAAGGUGGUUCGGUCAGCCUUGUAGGGGAGCCCUCCUCACUUCCGCCGCUGACCUUAGCCACAAAAGCAGAGAGUGUAGCGUCAGUCACAUCGCAGUGUAGCUUCAGCAGCACCAUCGUCCAUGUGGGAGACAAAAAGCCUCCUGAAUCUGAUAUCGUCAUGGAGGAGGCUCCGACCACUCCCACUCUGGCUGUUCCUAGUACUGUCCCUACUCCUCCUCCUGCUACUGUCUCUACUCCUCCUAGCAGCAGCAUCAUUGCUCCCCCAUCUCUGCCUCCCCCUCCCCCGCCACCCCUCCCUCAGGCCACGCAGUCAGAGCGGGACACCCGGAGGAGUGGCAGCGGGGGCCGCCUGGGGCUCACUAAGGAGGUGCUGUCUGCACACACCCAGCAGGAGGAGCAGGCCUUUCUGGAUCGCUUUAAGGACCUCAGCAAACUUCGAGUGUUCGACCAGACCACCUCUUCCACUGUGCACUGUCCCACCCCUGCAAUUAACCCCUUGUCCAGAGGUGUGCGCUGUUCCCGUGACUACCCAGCUGCAGGAAACAGCACAGGUCGUCGGGGUCGUGGGGGCAAGAGGCUGAAACAUCAGGAGUCAUCAGAGCAGCACAGCUCUAUGUGCAGCCGCAGAGACCCCCGGGCCACCACCAUGCCAAUGCCUCUGCCCAUGAACAUGCCCCUUGGCCCCCCCACCACGUCCUCCUCCUGGCCUUCUGUGGGCUCACAGGCCAGCAUCCCCUCUGCCCCUUUCCCCCCUGGGAUGCUUCCAGUCUACCCUCUGUAUCCGCCACUCACGCAGCCGCUAUCUGUCCCAGAUCCAACUAGAUUCCCCCCGGCUCAGAUGGUUCCACCCAUGAUGGCCCUGGUUCUGCCAAACUACAUGUUCCCUCAGAUGGGAGCCCCCAUGUCCCAGCCAGGGGCCACAGGACACUUUUUUAAUCCCAACUUUGCGUAUCCAGGCACCGCUCCAGUUACUGGACCAAGUGUUGUGUCUAACCCUGUUCCAAUUUCUAACCCUGUUCCUAUUCCGGGCACUGGUGCCCCGUCUCGUAGCAGUACCCCCCAGUCCUACAGCCACACCCCUGCUGACCGCGAGGGGGCCGAGUCCCCUCUCUUCCAGUCUCGCUGUUCAUCCCCCCUCAACCUAUUGCAGCUAGAAGAAUCCCCCAGUAACAGGCUGGAGGUGGCCACCGCUCUUGGAGCGUCACAGCAAACCACACCCUCUGCACAAGGCGGGACACCUGGAGCACAGAGCGUAUCCAAUCAAAGGGGUGCUGAUGACACCUCUAAAGAAAAUGAAAACGGUGAGGCCAACGAGUCAAACCAUGAUGCCGAUGCCAUGUCAACCUCCAGUGACCUUCUGGACCUGCUGCUGCAGGAGGACUCUCGCUCAGGGACGGGCUCAGCCGCCUCAGGCUCUGGCUCCUCAGGCUCAGGCUCUGGCUCUAAUGGCUGCAGCUCGUCUGGCACUGGCUGCACCAGCAGCAGCCAGGGCAGCCACACCAGCAAAUAUUUUGGGAGCAUUGACUCCUCUGAGAAUGAUCACUCUCGCAAACAGCCAGCAGGGGGCAGCAGUAGUGCAGGGGGAGAUGGUGGAGAAGAGCAGUUCAUUAAGUGUGUCCUGCAAGACCCAAUCUGGCUGCUCAUGGCCAACACAGAUGACAAGGUCAUGAUGACGUACCAGCUGCCUAUCAGAGACAGGGAGAGUGUGCUGCGUGAAGACCGCGAGGCUCUCAGAAACAUGCAGAAACAGCAGCCUCGUUUCACCGAAGAGCAGAAGAGAGAGCUGAGCCAAGUGCACCCCUGGAUCCGCACAGGACGCCUGCCGCGCGCCAUCAACAUCCCAGCCUGCACCGGCUGUAAGUCUCCCCCCUGUGUGCUCCCCACUCAGCCUUAUGAUGUGGAGAUCCAUGAGAUGGAGCUGUGCAGCGUGCUCAAGUCUGAGGAGUGUGAUCCUGGAAAAGACAAGGAAAAUAUAGAGACAAUCAUGGACGAGCCUCACCCAGAAGAAGAUGAGGAUGAAGAGGAGAAAGCUGACAAAUCACCAGCAGAAACGGCAAAGCAGCACAGGACUAACUCCCACAGCAGUGAGGAGAACAGUGCUCCUGCUGAGUCUCACAUGGCCCUAUAGGAGAAUACUAUCUACACCUGUCUGUCGUUAUGACGAUGUGCCAGAACAGGCUGCACUCACUUUCAGGCCGAGGACUGUUCAGAGCGGCUGGGUUCAAAGACAAGAAAUGCCUUGGAAACCACAAGACGGCACACUCUCAGUUUUGGAGAGUGAAAUAGUACUUUUCUUAAUUUGUUCCUGCAGACAUAACAUAUUUAUUUAAACUGUAAAAAAGAGGGGAUUAAAGGGGAAUGUGUUACUAAAGGCACCGUUUACAUAAAUGUUUAUUCCAGUGUCCCCAGCUUCUUCAGACUUUCUGCUGUUGUAGAAUGUUGCUCCUGCUGACUGGGUCUUUUCCCAACUUUUUCCUAACUUGACAGUUUUAAUAUGUGACACUUAAAUGCUAAAUCACGUUAGAAAUCACCAGAAAAAGACAAACAAAAAUGUGUACAGUGAAUCAUGUUGACUUUAUUUUAUUAAAGUUUGCAUCUAUUUUUAUACUUUGAGGCAGAAAUGCCAUUGAGUGGUGUUUUAUAAUUUGCUGUAGCUGAACCAUUAACACCAGUAAGAGCCAUUUUCUUGUUGCAAUGAGCGAUGUACAGUUGUAAAGAUGAGCAAAUGCAUAUGAAAUGCUCUCUCUUGUCACCAACAUUAUUUUAAAGUGGCCAUACAUUAGAGGCUAUGCAUGGGGCCUUUGUUGCCUCUGUCUGAUCAUAAUGAAUGUUUAAAAGGGUGAGCAAGUGAAAUCUUCCCUCCGUCUACGUCUCCUCUCUUCCUGGCACUGUUUUGGUCAUUUCUCCUUUGCUUUAUGGUGUCAGUGAUGUCUGCUCCAGUUUCUUAAUAUUUUGUGAAAUUGUUUGUACAAAAAAAGACAAUAAAAUGGCCAAAAGACCUUUCUAUGA